CCUUCCCCAGGACCAAACUCUGCCACUUUGUUCGGUUCUGCCCCCCUUUUGCUCGCCUUGCCUCUUGGUUCCACCCUUCUUCACUCCCCUCCUCACUUGCACCAACACUGAUAAGCACUCUCACUUCCCUGUGACCUCUCUCCGUUCUCCUCACUCCCCAGCCAUGGCGGCUGCCGAAGAAGGCGCACAGCCACUCAUGUACCAGACUGUGGCUCUGAAGGUCAGCAUCCACUGUGAGGGCUGCAAGAAGAAGGUCAAGAAGGUGCUCCACGCCAUAGAAGGUGUGUACAAGACGGACAUAGACACCCAGCAGCACAAGGUAGUGAUCGUUGGCAAUGUCUCCGUCGACGCGCUCGUCAAGAAGCUCAUCAAGACCGGCAAGCACGCCGAGCCGUGGCCGGAGCCCCUUCCUCCCCCCUCUGACGCUAACCCGCCUGCCAGCGGAGGCGGCGGUGGCGGCAAGAAGAAGAAGAAAAAGAAGAACAAAAACAAGACCGCCGAGCCGGCGGCGCCGGGUGCCCCGACGGCGGAAGGCGCCGGAGGCUCUGUUCCCCCAGAGAAUCACGACCACGCGGGCACGUGCGAUGAGGCGUCCGGCGACGAGCAGCCUCACCAGGUUGAAGGCGGCGACCCACCGAAGAACCCGGGUGCCGGAGACCCGCACGACGGACGGGCCGGCAUGGUCGCCCCUUUCGCCAUGACGCCGCAGGGCAUGCAGCCCAUGGGACCCAGCGCCAAUGCCUCCGGUGGCGGCGGUGGCGGCAAGAAGAAAAAGAAGGGCAAGGGAGGCAAUAACGGCAAUGUCAAUGCCAACGGCGGAGGCGGCGCCGGUGCAGCAGCGCAGAUUAGCCCACAAGACGCGCCCGCGAAUCCCGCCACAGGAAAUGCCAGUCAGAAUCCCCCCGCCGUCGUCGACGCCGGGCCCUACCCGCCCGCCACCGCAAUGAGCUACCCGGGCUACUACGGCAGCGGCGCCGGUGCAGGGCACAUGCCGCCACCGUACGCCAUGAGCUACAGCACCUCGCACCCGCACCGGAGCAGCGCGUACUACCAUCCCAUGGCCGGUGCGGCCUACACGGGCGGCGCCGGGUACUACUACUCAACGGCACCGGUGUCGGCGGCGCCGGGGUCGUAUUACAUGUUCAGCGAGGAGAAUGCCAACGCAUGCAGCGUCAUGUGAGAUUGUUCGUUAGUAUUUAAUUGAGGUUAGAUGAUUAAUGAACUGGUCCCUUGUAAUUUAAGCAACUUUAGCUGGUGUUAGUAUGGUCAUCUUGCUGUUGUAAGCUGCAACAUUCUUGGAGCUUGCUUGUAUUGCAACCUAUUCAUGGCAUGGCAAUUGGCUGUGUCAACCAAAUUGCCGGUCAAUGUUGCGAGUUGAUGGAAAUUUUGGCAUUGAGCAUUGGCUUUGGCAA